CAGCGGCAGGCUCAGUCAGUUGGCAGCGAGACGUAGAACGACAAGCAGCGCAAGUGGUAUAGCACUCUCUCUCCACUCUCGCUCUUUCGCCAGCCCCACUAACCAACUACUACCACAUAUUUACUCGUUGCCAAGCGCGCGUAGUAUAUCUAUAUACACCGAUCAGACAUGGCCGAUAUCAGCAAGGACGAGCUCCGCAAGGAGAUCAUCGCUAUCUUGAAAGAUGCCGACUUGAAUGCAAUAUCAGCCAAGAAAGUCAGGCAGCUGAUUGAGGAAAAAUUAGACGUUGAUCUGACCGAAAGGAAGAAGGAAAUGGACGACCUUGUAAUGGAAUGUCUUGCUGAAAAGCAGGACGGCGCUGCCAAGAAAGCACCAAAGAAAAAGGUGGCCAGUGAAUCUGAAGAUGGCGAAGAGGAAGAGGAAGAAGAGGCUUCCGAUGAGGAGGAAGAGGAGGAAAAGAAACCGUCAAAGCGUGGACCUCCCAAGAAGACAGCUAACAAACGUAAGAAGGGCUCUUCCGACGACGAUGAGAGCGCCAGUGACGAAGACGCUAGCGACGAGGAGUACAGUCCCAAAAAGGCCAAGCCUGGAAAAAAAGGAAAAGCUGGAAAGAAGGGGAAAAAAGGAAAAGGUGGCGACAGUGACUCAGGAGACUCCGACUGGGCGCAAGCCAGACCUGCCAAGAAAGCCGGAGGUGCUAAGAAGGGAGGUGGCGGCAAGGGUAGUGGAUAUACUCGUGAAAUUACUUUGACCCCCGAGCUCGCUGCCGUCGUUGGUGCUAAACAGAUGGCCCGAUAUGAAGUUGUCAAGAAAGUAUGGAGUAUCAUUAAGGAGAGGAACCUUUAUGAUCCUAAGAACAAACAAUAUGCUAUCUGUGAUGAUGAUCUUUUAAAGGUAAUUGGCGUCAAGCGCUUCAGGACUUUUGGAAUGAUGAAAUACCUGAAGAAUCACUUUUUAAACUAAAUCGUUCCUUUACGUCAAUGACUAUACAAACGUGAUAUAUAAGUAUAUGUAUGGAACCAACAGCGCCAAUCCAUCGCCGCGGGCUAAAUAACGAAAUACACAUUCAUACACAUCGUACAUAAGAAUUUAUGUACACACAAACACAUCGCAUUGUAUACACAAAAUUUAUUUUUAUGUAUUGUGCGCAAAACACGUGACAUUUGUAUAUCAAAAAAUCUUUUUUAUCGUACAAGACUAACCCUAUUUCAUUAACAUGUAAAUCUGUUAUAACUGCUCCGUUUUAUGUUUUACGUCGUUUUAUUUUAAAGCAAACGACAGGUACAUUGAGUAUUAAUUGCUCAGUUGAUAGGUUUGAUUUCGUAUAUAUUUUGUUGUAUAUUCUUUUUUUAUUUUAUACGUUUUAAACACUGAGUCAUCUAUAAAACUUAAGUAGUUUUGACAGAUUUACUGAAUUCGUAUUCCUUUAAUGUAACUUUUGGUAAGAUUAAAUUGUACCUUUUUGCAUUCUUAUUUUGUAAGCUCGUAAUAUUAUACCAACUAUGAAGACAGUACUUUGGUAUGAAAACGUUCAUUAUUUCAUAAUAAUUUUUGUAAGAUUCUGUUUGUGAUGUAUGAAUCCUUUUUUAUUAGACUGCUUACGUAUGUUAUUUUUCAAUCGUGAAUUGUAAGAGUAUAUUUAGAUACACAAAAUUCAUUCAAAUGAUUAUUUCAGUUUUAUAAUCAGGUAUUAAUUUAACUUUUUAUGAAAUUCUUUACAUGUUCAUAUCACGCAAUGAUAAAAUUAUAUUACUUGAAAAUAAAAUCAAUAUAAAUAUUCAAAUUUGUCUGAAGUUAUUUUUUAUUUUAUAGUAAAAAUUAAAUUAGUUGUGCUCGUUGCAUAAAUCUGUCUAUUAGUUUUUUUGUUCUUAGCAUAUAUACUAUACUACACUAAGCAGAAAAACUGUGAAUUAAUAAAUUCAAUUCUAUGUAGUUGAUAAAUAUUAUAGCGUAGAUCUUCACAGCAUGAAUUUAAUAGAUAUAUCAAAACAUUCGUGUAUUCAACUGAUAUCGAUGUAAUUUCAUAUGCCAGUAAUAUUUUGAUAUUUUUUAAACAAACUUCGAAUUCAAAUACUAAUUUUAAAAGAAUACAUGGAAAAUAUGAAAUUAAAUAUAAUUAGCAUAGAGCGUGAAAUGAUAUAGAUAUUUAAAAAUGUUAAACUAUGGAGUAAUUGGCGUAUAUGAACAAUAUCAAAUUAAAAAUAAUGCUUAAAUUUUUAUACAAAAAAAUUUUUAUUAUUUUCGUUUUGCCACCUAUCCUUUUAAUACGUUAGCCGCAUACUUUCUAUUUUACUAUUAAUUAUGAAUUAUUCUCUAAGUAUAAAGUUAUAGAACUAUGAAAUUCAGUAAUCUAAGGAUUUUAAGAAAACUAUUAGUUUCAAACAACUGUGUAAUUAAAGACGACGGACUAGUCAAUGUGGUUUUAACUACUCCAUUUUACAAUAUCAAUGUAAUAUUCAAAUUAAUUGUUGUAAUAGCCACAUUUUCCAUGAUAACAUAGUAUAAAUAAAUUCUUAAAAUAGACCUUAAUGUCUGCGUAGCUUGUCAGUAAUAAGUCAAAUUUUAUUUUCAUGAAAAAUGAUGGUUUCAUUUAGAACCCGUUGGUUCUACAUUUUUUAAAUAGUUUAACGAACGGCAACCAUCAAUUUUCUCACAAUUUCACAAAAUUGUCUUCAAAUCACUCGGUCUAUUCUAGUUUAUAUAAUUAAUAUUAAUAGGUUAUUGAAUUUAUAAGGGUACGUAUUCAAGUUAAAAGCUUCAAGUAAAUGUUUCAACCACAUUUUCAAGAAACAAAUAAUGACGAUAUUUUAAUAUCAGCUUAAUAUCUACUUAUAAGUCAAAAAAUUAAAGAAAAGGAUUAAAGCUAUUUUGUUCGAUGAUGUUAUCGUCAAAUUUUGUUACAACUGAAUGAAGUGUUUAAGAAAAAUGAUUUAUAUUUUUCGGACAAUAUUUACAUAGCGCGACUUUAUAAUAGUUGGUAUCUUUUUCUUCAUUGUUUUGUGGAUGAGUAUUACGCAUGCAAUCGCUGAGUUAAAUCUGCUCACAGAAAUCAGGUGAUCAAUUUUUAUUUCCGCAACCACUAGUUCAAAUGAGUACCAUAAUUUCAAAUGAAAUAUUUUCAAAAUAUUAAAGUAUUAUAGAUUGUGCUAACGAAGAACUUAUGCAUAUCUUGCAAAUUUACAACGCAGAGAGCAGUAAUUGAUCGUCAAUCUCUUAAAACAUUAAUUCAAUUAAACAUUUGAAGUAGAUGUGAAUGUUUAUAGAUUAAGAAUAAACUUUUA